UUUCAGUGGUCAUGAACCGAAUCUUAGAAUGAAUAACCAAGAAGACAGUUCAGUUGUUGCCGACGAAUCGGCUGAAGGAAGUCCUGAAAUCGGUUUGUCGCUUGAUCAACUAAAAGUCGAAGUUGAAGAUAGUAUGCCAUCGCCUCAGCUGAGAAAUAUGGAGGAGACACCUCCCCCGACAAGACGCUCAACCAGCAAAAUGGACGAUUUGAUUGGAGAUGUUAAGCCUCCUGGUCGAAUACGUGCUACAUCAUAUAGUUGCGAUAUCAAAAGAUCCGGACUGAUAAGUGCUCACUUUGCGUCGAACGACACUGUCUGUGUCUGGAAUGAUCAGACCGGGCAAUCCAUCGUUGUUGCAAGCAAUCAAUCAACAAGAGAUGCGCUCGCUUCAUUGUGUCAGAGAGAUUCAAAAGUGGAACGAAUGGAAACAGCUGCCAGAAUUUCAUGGAAGAAGUUGGAAGAUCGAACGGUUGAGGAAAAAACCACGCUGCGCCUUUAUCACGAAGAGUAUGCAAAUGCGAGGAUACAACAAAACCGAAAUCGAACUCAGUCUUUAUGUUCUCAACCAAAGCGAAGUUCUCGUCGUGUUCAGGGUUUUAUUGAUCCUACAAAUUUGACUGCAGAAGAAGCGCAAGCCAUGUUCUACACAUACUUAAACUAUACACAACAAGACUUCGGGAAAAUUGGCAAUUUGUUGCAUUCCGAGCACAAACAGCUCCAGCCUUUUCUCAACAAACUGCAUACCUCGAGUGUUCCGUUGCAUCGUCUCCCACGUCAAACGAUUUUUGUACAAAACUCUACAGUUAGGCUCGAGUAUUCUUCUUCUGAGUCUCCUUCAAAUAACAAUAAUUGUUGUGAUGCUCAAAAUGAUAGAGGGCACUUUGGAAUGUCUCGUUUUUUGGAAAAUAACACCAAUGAACAUAAUGCAACAGGGAUUUCUAGUUUCUUCUUAGAAAAAGAUAGUGCUCCUAAUCCUGAAGACUCAACACCAUCUGUUUUAAACCGGGAAGAUGCAUCUUGCACAACACAAAAAACGAGAAACAGUUUCGAAGAAUGCGUUGUUAAUCCUGCAUUAGUGCUGGCUGCAGUGAACAGAGUGUCGACACCUGCCACACCUGUCCAUAAUGACGUGGGUCCUCCAGUGGUCUUUUCAGAAACCGCGAACAAAGCUGUCGUCAGUAUUGAGGGAUCGAUGAAAAUUGAGCAAUGCCACGGACCAAGUAAUCCACAACAAUUGAACAAUCCAGAAACUACUCGCAAAUCGGUUCCAUCGCCUCUACAGAGAAGCAUGAGCACACCGGCAUCUGAAGCAACGGAUGAAGACCUCAUCGCGUUUUUGAGAGAACCAUUGGCAUUGGCCAGAGCCGCAGAGCAGGAAGCAUUGAGGAAGAAAGCUAUGGAACCGAAACUGAAACGGAAAUCUCGUGCUAAGAAUUCGGCUAAACGUCCUGUGCAAACUGAUGCUGUCGAGACUGUAAAAUUAGAGAAAAAGCCAGCUCAAUCGAAAUCAAAAAAGAACUCGCGGUCCAAAUCGACACCUUCUAGUUUUGCAAAUGAUUCCAGUUCUCUAGAACCUUUGGAACCAAUGAGACAACAUUUUGUGGAGGGUUCUGAAUUACAAAAACCAUCUCCGGAAUUGCAUCCGGGAACAGGGCAAUCAUCACUUCGGAAUUUUAUCCGACUUGAUAUGCCCCUAGGACAAGCACUUCAAGAAGUACCCUUAGGAGCAGUCGCAGGACAAUUACGUGUUCAAAAAGCUUUAUACGAGAAAAUGGACGGGAUGAAUGGAAUCGCACCGGAGUCAGCGUCAACAAGUGGUCAGACUUUUAUGCAAGAUCCGGCCCCACCGUUGCCGCCCAAGAAAGCAGCACCAAAGCGAAAGAAGCCGACAAAGGCUGAAAUCGAAGCUGCAGGAGGGAAUGUCUCGAGUGUUGAAAAACCGAAGAAACCGAGAGCUCCAUCAAAGAAAAAAGCACAGGGGACCGUUCAACAGGAGCACCAAAUGAUCUCAAUGACUUCAGCUCAUCAGGGACAAACUGAAUUCCAUCAACCAUCACAUCAAAGCACACAUCAACCACUUCCAUCUGUUGCUAACUUGCUUCCUCCUUUGACUGGAUAUCAGCAACAGCAGCAGCAGCAGCAGCGACCACCAUCACAACAGCAUCAUAACGGUGUUGUGAAUAACAACACCACCACGAAUGGAUACGGGUAUUCAGACGUUUCAGGAAACGGUGGCUCAUCGUCUUCUUCCUCAUCUGUUUACUCAUCGUAUAGCUAUUCUAUGCAACCAACAUCUGAUCCGCCUAAAAAGCAUCAGAGUCUUGCUUCAAUGCUCACCCCAAUCACAUUUGGCUCAUCUCAGCCGGAGGCCACAAAUACUGGCUCCAGCCAAAUCUACACUGACAAGAAUCAGUAUCAUCUGUAUAAUGAUAACAAUACUUAUCCUCACCAGCCAGCGAUGUAUUCCAAUCAAACAUCAUCGAAUGGUUAUUAUGGGGGAUAUGAAGACGUUUCCAACAAUCAAUUUCAACAGCCAGAUUAUCCACCACUUUCUGUUGAAAGUCAAGUUUCAUGCCACUCGCAAGAAUCUAAUAUUACUUAUCACUCCAGUAUGCCAGUUACCCCGAUCUCUCAACAAGCAAACAAUGGGUCGCUUUACAAUCCAAUGCCGGUCACCAAAGACAACCGAUUCUCUAAUAGCAGCAGUCAUAUUCAGCAGGAUCAUGAGGAUCUCUCUGUUGAACAAUUUGCACAGAAAUAUGCAUUCCCAUCGGACAAUUUUUUUGAGAUGCAAAAUUCUCGCGAUUCGCAAGAAACGAACUCGGCUCCCUUGUCAAUGGCACGUGCAAGUAAUGCAAGCCCAUUUGAUGAAUUGGGGAUCUACUUGGACUCUGGGCCAUCAACUAGCCACACACAGGACGACCCAUUUGCUGAUAUUGAGUUGUCUGAUCCACCAUUAAGUAUCACACCGCAAGUUGCUCAAGAGCCGGUUCAAACGACUAUCAUGUCAAAUCGUGUCAUAAAGACUCCAUCGAGUGAAACACAUCCGCAAAGCUAUGCAAAUGUGCAAUACGUGCCCAUGAAUCCAAGCCUACCAGUAUCUUCCCAUUCCGAGUCACAGGUCAGAUCUACCAAGAAGCUACCAUCAAACUUCAAAGAAGAUGAUAUUCGUCAUUCCACUUGCCCGGACAAUUGCAACAAAUGCGUCAGCGAGAAGUCAAAUGCAGACAUAUCAAUGCAACCAUCACCAGCAUCUACGAUUGUUACUGUACCACAAUCGCAAAGGAUGGAUCAGCAUUUGGAGCAACAAAGAGGCGUGGAGCAGUUAGCUGCAACUGACGAUGAGCAAAUUUGUUACGUGAAGUACUUGCCACACGAAAUUUCGCAUACCAAUCUUGGACGUCCUCGUCAACAGUCGAAACCCAGUGGUGUUGGUGUUAACGGUACCAGCCACGGAUUGACUAAUCAAGGACCACCGCCUUUGCCACCUCCAAAGAGGUCACGAGCAAAGCCCAAGAAGAAAAAUGCGUUUGAGCAGGACAUGAAUGCCAGCAGUUCAGGUCAUGCCUAUCAAAUGCAAAAUUCUCCGGAAGUUUCCAUUGGCAAGUUGCUCAAACAGCAACAUUUGAAUCGUCCCAACCAGUUCAACAAUAUUUCUGGACAAUCUCAAAUUGACCUCGCAACAUUGCAACAGUCUGUAAUGCUGUCGCCUAAGCUGCAGAGAUACUCGGAGCCUCAGACAAUGCAAAAGUUCAGUCACCAUCAGAAAGAAGCACAAGUGCAUGAGAAAAAGAAUCAUAUGCAGCAAGGUUCAGCAAAACAAGAGCCAAUCCAACAUCGGCAAGUAAAUUUGCAACAAGUUCCAACUCAACAAAGUUCGGGCCCUGCACAUCAAUCCACCAUCCAUUAUGCUCCGAUGAAGCAGCAAAUCAAAUUGACCUCAUUGCAAUCUAACAAAACGUCACAGGAGCAUCAGUCUACAACUCUGCAAGCACCAGUUGAAGAAGCACCAUCUGACCAGUUCCCGGAAAACUUCUUGGAGCAGCCUGAUUCUCCAGACAAGGUCACUGAAGUCAUUAACAACGUGGUUGCAUCGGUAUUGAGUUCUCCAGAUGAGUUUAGAGGCCAAAAACAGUUUACCAAAACUGAAAAGCAUCUUCUUGAUGGGACAAGUAAACCUACUCCGAAAAAGCAAUCUCACGUGGAUAGAAGAAGUCGAGGAUCCUUUGUACAUUACGUUCAAGGAAAGCAACAGAUGAUUUCUCAGCAACAAAAUAGAAAUGCCUAUCAGGUGCAACAACAACAACAACCGAAUGCAAGUUCGCUGUCAACGAUGAACGAGCAGUAUGAGGUUGUCUUGGACAAUACCAAUCUUCAAAAUCCGAUGAGCGAACAGCAAGUGCAGAUGAAUUACCAAACAUCGAUUGUUCAACAAACUUCUGUAGAACAGCAGGGACCGUUGCAACUUCAAAAUCAGAUCCAAGUGACCAAUCAGCAGACCCACCGAGUUCAAUACCAACAUCAUCCCGUCCAACACAAUCAGCGGAAUGGGCCCACCAAGGCAGCACCACGGAAGAGAACUCCAAAACCGGCGCCAGUUCAGUCAAGAUCAGUUGCUCUGCACGAGAGGGCUCAGAUGAUUGUUGAUUUUGCGAAAACCCAGCCAGCGGACCAAGAAGACCAGACGGUUCAACUGCAAGAUCAUGAACAUCAGUAUAAUAGCCAGCAACAGCCGGAGUACCAGCAUCAGCCACUGGUUCAAAUGCAAGAACAAUCGAAUGAGCAGCAGUCUCAGGUUUUUCAACACCAACACCAACACCAAGCCCAGCAAGAGCUAGCUGAGAAUCAAGGUUCUAUGGGAAUGGCGACACAACAACAGCAAUGUCGUCAAAGUCAGCUUCAGCAGCAAUUGCAGCAACCACCUCAGCAGCAGAUGCAAAUUCAACAGCAGUAUCAGAACGUUGGACCAUCGCAUAUCCAGCGGCAAAAUGUGGCUCCACAGAGAGUUCAACAACAGCCGAUGCAAUAUGCUCAACAGCAACAGCAGCCAAUGAUGCAAAUGGCACAACAACGUUCGAUGCAAGAACAGUAUGUUCAACAAGGGCAGGUGCAGAGAACUGGGGCAACUCACACUGUGCUUAUGACUUCUCCUCCGAUGAAUCAUCACGAGUCUCAAGCAAAUGUGCUGAGAGUUGCUCCAAAGCAGACAAUUGUGAAGUCUGCUGAUCCUAAACCAGAAGAUGAAGCGAAGAUUUUGAAGAUUCUCAAGGACAAACUUGCCUCGGACGACGGACAAAAUGCACCUAAGAUGAGUCCGGUGCUCCGUGUCAAGCACAUUCGCGAGACGAUCAAUAUCAUAGCGGCGUUGCCAUCUUUGACGAUUGAAGAGUUGUUUGAUAAAGCAGACACACCACCACCAGAUGAGUAUAUGGAGGAGUAUAUGGACUUCUAUGACAAGAUAACACAUUUGAUGAAGGAUGAGCCAUGUGUGCCAGAAAUCAAUGUGGAAGAUGUACUUUCCACUCCACUUUUGGAACCUGCACUCCACGGUCGAUUCCGCAAACGUCUCAUUGCAAUUCGUGAAGGAAGAACUACAGUGACUACCUUCAAGAAAAGAAAGACUGCAUCCGGCCCGGAAGGUGAUGCCAAGAAGAGAAAGCCAACUAACAAUCACACUAACGGAAUGCACACACCUGACGCUUCUCCUGCACAAGGUACAUCUUCGGGACAGUCGUCGUCAAGCGGAAUGCAAUCUCAAUCACUUUCCAUCACAACUGGAAUGAGCUCAUCAAGCUCAUCGCCACCAGCUAGUGAUUUUGAUAUUUCAACUCAUCUCAUCACACCACCACAAGAACACUCAUCUCCACUCACCACUCCACCGAUCAUCAAUCAUGAAUAUGUUCAACAAGUAUCUAGCCCAGUUGACAUAUUCUCUCAACCAUCAACGUCUGAACCUGGCCCAUCUUCCAGACCAAUUCGAACAGGUGUACACCAUAGGGAAGAAGCCUUGAAUGAGGACGACAACGGCUCGCCAAUUCUGUAUGAUGACCCAAUUAUGGGAUAUGUUGGAACAAAUAGAUUUGUUAGUCUGGAUAUGGAUGAUAUGAUUGAUGAUGUGAUGAAGAGUGAUGAUACGGAAGAAAUGCUUGUUCACAAUCUUCAACGAAGCAUUUUUGAUGUGGGUAAAAGUUUCGAAGAUGACGAUGAAGAUGAUACUAAUGUGAUUAAACUUGAUACUAAUACUGAUAAUCACCGCCCAGCCACCCCCAGCGUAGGAAUACUCGACGAUCUCAAUAGUGUGUUAUUUGACCCGAUAAUGAUGUGAUUAAUUUUAAUAGUAAGAGUAAAUAUGGUGUUACAGCGGUGGAUUCAUCGUUUUGUAUAUUGCUUUACCAUAUCCCCCAUUGGAGUUUUAAUUGUAUACUCUACAUAAAGAUUUGUUUUAUCCAAAA